AUGGGAAAGUUAGUCUGGAUCUCGAUUGUAGUGGCAGGUCUUUCGGUGUUUUUUGGCGAGAGGGUUAUCAACUUCAGGUACUAAAAGGGAGGCGCUGCCCGUUAUCGUGAAAACAAUCCUGCUGUGUUUAGUUGUGUUUUUAGUGUAAGUUUCGAAGUUUCUGCUUCACUGUGACUUUUGCGUUUCAAACAUUGCAGGAAAAGAGUCCUCGCUACAAGAGAGGUGGACAACAAUCACCUCCCGAACUGCUCUCCGCUGAAAAACUUGGGUAUGUUUCGCUAGAAGAAAAUGCAAUGAAUGGUUGAAGGGGGACAGGGAAAGUAACUGCAGUUUUUGUACUUUCAGAUCAUGGCUCCGAGGAUAUCACGAUCCUUGGUAAUGGGCUUGCCUUUAUCAGCACUGUAAGUAUUUGAAUUGACAGAAAGCCAAUGCAUGCAUGUGACAAUUUGGUGGGGCACAGAAAAUAAAGUAAACAUGAUGAUCUGGUGAUUUAAGUACACUUAUUAUCCUAACUUGGUUAUUAUACGUGUUCAGUUCAGUCGGUGCUUCUGUUUCAAACUUGCGCAGCUGUAUGCUGUUGUAAUUUCAUUUUUCAUUAAUUCAGAAAUUAUUUCCUCAAUCAUGAGUUUGCACCAAUUACCUUGUGAGUUGCAUAUCUUUCUUCAUGCAUGAGUUAGUAUUUUUUUUUUUUUGUUUGAUUUUCUUCCACAUACUUGGUUCUUAAAACUUAAUCCUUGUCCUCAUUCAGAUCUUUCAGAAUUUGAAAAUAGUAGACAUAUAUUAAACAUCCCCUGUAUUGAUCUAUCAAGAUUUAAGAAACAAUCUUUAAGCCCUCCUAAACUGCAUGAACAGGUUCAUCUGCUUUGUCUUUAAGUCUACUUGGCCAGCAAAAGAACCUCCUGUACAGAGGUUAUGGCACUAAGAAUGGCCUGAAUAUCUUAUUCACUUAACCUGUUUAAAGGCUGUUCUUAUUUUCAUUAUGAUAAUGGUGUCAAUGUCAGGGUUUAUUUUGCAGGAUUUUUAUUGUCUAUUACAUAAUCUUUAUUUCUUGAAAUACCAAGGGUCUGCACUAUCCUGGAUUACCAAACUCAGAAGCACUCGGGAAGAUUUUUGUUCUUGACAUGAAUGAUUCCCGACUGAAGCCAGUGGAGCUCCGCAUGCCAAGGAACUUUGAUCUGGAGUCCUUUAACCCUCAUGGCAUCAGUGUAUAUAUCGAUCCAAGUGGUAAAAAGAUUUACAUAUAUACGGUUUUAUAUAACACACACACAAGUCUCUACAAGAUAGCACCUUAAGGGGGUAAACCCUGCUCAGUGGGUUUCUUUUACUUGUACAUUUUGAACCAGAUUCAGCAGUUUUUUCAUUUAUCAGAUAAGACUAUCAUAUGUCAAAAUUGCACGUACACUGAGCAGCAGAAAAGAAAACUUUAAAUGUGUUUUAUUUUUGCUGGUUUUGCAUGAACACCUGUGUGUGUAGAGCAUGCAGACAAUCCUGUUGUGAAAAUAAAUCUUUUAGGUACUGUGGAAGUAGCAGUGUUAUUCAAAAUGAUAUGUUGUUUGAAUAUGCAUGUCAGUUUCCUUUUUAUUAUACCAAUGCUUGAACAGCAAGUUGUCAUAAAAUGCAUACACCUUUAGAGUCACCUUUAGUGUCACCUUAAGACCAACUACCUCUGACCCAUUUUGUUAACACUGCUUUUAUUGUUUCUUGUCAGAUGAUACAAUAUACCUCUUUGUUGUGAAUCACCCUGAACACAAAAGCCAAGUAGAGCUGUUUACGUUCGUCGAGGAAGACUUCUCACUGGUCUAUCAGAAAACCAUCAAGCAUGAACUUCUCCACAGGUACAGUAUAUGAAAUCUCCAGUGAGGAGAUUUUUUGACUUUUAUGAAAAAGACUGAAAUUCAUAUGCCUUAUUAUGAUAUACAAGAGCAGAAAAGACCAACAGUGACAAGACUGAUACAUUUUACACUGUAAUUUUUCAUGCAUUAGACUGAUGUGGGAGGGAAGGUGUCAGUCAAGUAGCUAAAGAAACCGCCCUUUUCCCUUUUUUUAUCUUCUACAUAAAAAGCUCAAAAUAAAUGGAAGAUUUGACAGUCAAAAGUCAUCUAUAUAUAUAUACAUAUAUAUAUAUAUAUAUAUAUAUAUAUAUAUAUAUAUAUAUAAUUAUAUUAUUAUUAUUUUUUUUUUGGUCAGGAAACACAAUUUAAACAUGUAUAGAACAAGACACUUAAAGGCUGGUUCGUCCAAAAUUGACUCGAACUAAAGGUUCCCCAUUGGAGCUUUAAAUAGAGAGACAUGGUCAGUCAAGAGCAUUAUUAUUAUUAUUAUUAUUAUUAUUUUAUUUAUUUAUUUUUUAUUGUUAUUAUUAUUAUUAUUAUUAUUAUUAUUAGUAGUAGUAGUAGUAGUAGUAUCAUACAUGAUGGUCAUUUCCUGAUCUCAUACCUAAGGUAGAGAGCUCAGGUGCUGGUAUAACACUGCACUGCUGUCAUCUAGAUUUUCAGACCAUUUGGGGAUUUGGGGAAUCUGCAAUAAAAUUAAGCAGGGAGUAAAAAUCUGAAGCCGUAAUCCAGAGAAAAGUCAGACGAUGCAUACGCUGUUAUGAGACAGUGGUUAUUGCUGGCGUAUAACCACUGUCCUGCCAAUACUGAAGUUAGAUAGUUUUCGCAAUCAAAGGUCCACCCUACCUAGAAAUACCAUUACAAGGAGAUAUAGAACUGCUCUGUAACAUUAGCCCAGAAGUUUCUCUUUCCUCAUCAUUGAACUUUUGGUCAAGCUAAGUUGUAGCCUACUAAAUAAGAAAGCUAAAGCACUAACCCUGUCGUUGCCAGUUUAGUUUGGACACUACACUUCCCCCCUUUGUGUCCCAUAUGACUAUCAACAGCAAUGUUGACUAUGAAGAGUUACAGUAGCCUAUGAAAUUGGCAAACAGAGGCACUAGCUUUCUUUUUUUUAUUGGGAUCAGUGAGACUUGCAACCUGAAACAGCAGCACAAUAUUUAAAUAGUGUGUUAAUGUCCUCAGCUUAAAAUCAAAGAAAAAUGAAGAGAUGACUAUAUAUUGUGCAAAGGCCUUGUUUCGUAUUAUUCAUUCAUCCUACCAUUUGUAAUCAGUGUAAAUAUUUAAUGGUAAAAAUUAAUGUCCAAUUAUGACUAUCUUUCCAGUGUGAACGACAUAAUUGCGGUAGGAGCUGAGGCUUUCUAUGCAACCAAUGAUCACUACUUCACCAACGAGUUCCUGAAAGGUACAGUUGAGCCUGUUCUGGCUCAGCCUUGGUCCAACGUUGUGUACUACAGCCCGGAUGAGGUCAAAGUGGUCUCAGAGGGAUAUUACUUUGCAAAUGGCAUCAAUAUCUCACCAGACACAAGGUAAGAAAAAGGUGGAGGGAUUUGCAUAUUGUGGACAGUCCUUUCAUACAAAGUUUUAACACUUUCAUUGUUUUCUUUCUUAUUUUAGUUACAUUUAUGUGGCCGAUUUACUCGACUCGAGUGUGCAUGUGCUGGAGCGCAAAGAAGACAAUUCAUUGGUUUCUGUAAAGGUAACUAAUUCAUGUAAAUGAGCGCACAGAUUUAUAAGACCAUAUCUAUUAGGGAUCAGUUCUUUAAGAAAUAAGUGUAAGCACUGGUGGCAAAUAAUCAUGUUAUGUCGUUAAACUGCUGUGAAACAUAUUUACAGUCACCAGGCAGAAGGGAAAAUAAGAACUUCAUUAGGUCUUGCUGAAACUGUCUUUUAAUGUCUUGACAUUGACACAAAUUCAUGAUUCACAUUCUUCGCAAACAUCUCACCAGUCUGUGGAUAUUGGGACCCUUGGUGACAACAUUGAAGUGGAUCCUGAAACUGGAGACCUGUGGUUAGGCUGUCACCCCAAUGCACUGAAACUUUUCCUGUUUGACCCCAGCAACCCGCCUCAGUCUGAGGUUUGAUGAGAACAGACCAAAUCCAGUCUUUUUUUUGCAUAUUUUUACAACUGAUCUGCAUAUUGACACUUUAACAUCUCUGUAAUAUUAUUACAGGUCAUCCGCAUCCAGAACAUCCACUCUGACGAGCCAGUGGUGACUCAGGUUUUCACUGAUGAUGGCAAUGUGAUCAUGGGCUCCUCUGUGGCAGCGCCCUACGGGGGAAAGUUGCUCAUCGGCACCGUGUUUCAUAAAGCUCUGUGCUGUGAUCUGAAUUAGGCUGUGUCUUUUUGUCAGACUGUUUUCAGUAAGCAAUAGAGUUUAAUAAAUGAGUUGAAAAAUCUGCUCAAAAUGCAGUUUAAGAUCUGCCUCUCAGUCAGGCUCUCACUUAGAUUUGAAUAGGGAUAAAAUAUGGAUACUCCAGCACUAAAGGCAAAACCAGACACAAGCUGUUAGGAGAUAAAACAAAUAAUUAAGGCUGGCAUAAGAACCUUAAAAUCCACCUGGAGGAGCUGUGAGGAAAAAAUAUCUGGUGCUUAUCUGAAUAAUGGUAAAGGCUGCUUAUUUGUGUGAUUGUGGCACAAAAGUUACUGACCUGGCCUGAUACCUGAACCACUGAAAAAAGCACUUGAUAUAAAACACUGUCUUUCUUUGUUUUGUACUUAAAUCAUUUGAGCUUUCAAGGUAAGAUUUAUGAGAAAAAACUGGAAAAAAGUUUUCUCAUUGCACAUUUAAAAACAGAGAAAAAUAGGAGUUCGUAGAUAAAACAUAGGGGUUGUUAAAUUUUGCUUUCUGAUAUAACUUGAUACAAAGAAAAUACAAAGAUUUAAAGAUGUUGAUGGGACUUGGGUGGACUAACUGUCAAAGAGGUCGUUUUUCUCAAGUAUUGAUUUUUAAGCAGGUUGGUUUAAAGAAGGUGAUGGUGCUCUUACUAAUGCAGGUUACAAUUUGAAAUUGUCUUCAUGAUUUCUUCAUGAAACUUCCUCAAAUAGGUGGUAUUACAGCCUUUUGCAAGGGGAGGGUAGUCAUUUGCUUUCAAUUUAACAAAUCUGUUCAUGGUAUGAUACUUAAAAUCAAACAUGUAAACCCUUAUCAGGUUUUGUUCAAUUUUUUCCUCCCUUCACCUGGAAAUGUGAUAUCUUUAAAUGUGCACUGUUCAGAUUUGUUUUUACAUGUUAAAAGAAAUUUGAGAAAUCACAAUUUUUAAUUCACUGAAAUAAAAAGGAAAAAGAAUAAAUUGGCUGCUGAGUGUCUUGUAGUUUGUUAUGUUUCCUUGAAAUGAUUGUGGUUUGAUUCCAGACCAAUGACUUUGAACACGGAUCCUUUAUUCAGAUCUUCAGGUUUAGAAGUACUCAUCAAGGUCUGUAUUUCAAAGCUUUCCCAAUGCCACAGUAAAUCAAGUUAUACAAGUCUUAAUUUGUUUUCUCAGCCACAAGAAAUUCUUGUCCUCCCUGACCUCUGCCUUGAUCUGAAAGUUCUCCACACCUUUCAGUAUAAACAGAACAUUAUUAAUACAACAGACAAAUUAACUGUCUCUUCAUUACAUAAACCUCUUGGAUGUUUUGAGUUUCUUUGUCUGCAAUUUGUUUAAAGGUGUGGCUGAACACACAGGUGACAUCGACAGGAUAUUCCACAUGAAAAAACUGUUACAGGAAAAAAUGAUAUCAAGGCUUUGUCUCCAUCUGUGCUGGAUUUGUGUAACUGCACCCAGCCAGGAAGUGUUCCUCCCUCAACCCAUGUGAGGAAUCUAACCCUUGACUUCCAAUGGCUGCCAUGAGGAAAGCUGUGAUUGCAGCAGUUGUUGCUGCUUUAGCAGCUUUCAUUGGACACACACUCCUUAAGUUUAAGUAAGUAUAUAUGGAAGCAAAUUAAAGGUAAAGUACAGGAGAAUGAUAGAUGUUGAUCUGUACUGCUUUUAAUGUUGAGAACUGUUGCAAACUACUACUAAGUAAGAGAUCAGUAUGUGUAUGCAGGGAGCAAAGUCUUCUUAAGUGAAUUAAAACUUGAGCUUUAGGAUUGACACAGCUUCAUGACAUGACCCAGUCGACCGGCUGGGUCUGAUUUAGUGUUUCUGAUUUAGUGUUUGAUUUUCUCUGCAGGGAGAUCACCCUUGCUUCCCGAGAACUGACUGUGAAACACCUCCAGUGUCAAUAUCUAAAGAAUAUAGGUAAGCACUCUUUGUGUUCAUGUCAAUGACUUCAUUUUAGUAACUGUCAUGUGGCUUCAACCUUUUUUUAAGCUUAUUUCUAUGUAAAAUGUGAUCAUUAAAGAGUUUGAAGUCCAGUUUGCCUACAGUAGGUCAAGUGUCAGUGAUGUCAUGUUGGAGUGUGGAAAUUAACAACUUGUACUUUGCUUUGAACAGAAUAUGGGGCGGAGGAUAUUACAAUACUAAGAGAUGGACUGGCCUUCCUUAGCACAGUAUGUUAUUUACAUUUUUUAAUUUACAGUUGCAUAAAUAAAUCAGUGUUAAUGCAGUAUACCUAAACAACCCUCUACUUUCUUUUGAAUGAGAAACAAGUACUAUAUAAUCCCUCAUGACUACCUACUUACAGUUAACCUUUGCAAGAGAAGUCACAUCAAACACAUCUUUUUUUUUUUUACUAAGGGGUUGAAUUAUCCUGGGCUGCCUUCAUUCUCUGAUGAACCUGGGAAGUUGUAUGCUUUGGAUCUGCUGCACCCAAAACCAACUCCAGUGGAGCUGCAAAUCAAAGGAGAGCUGGACCUCAGUUCUUUUAACCCUCAUGGCAUCAGUGUAUAUAUUGAUGAGGCAGGUGAGGCACAAAUCAAAUGCAGCAAACAACCAAAACUGUGUCUGUGCAUGUAAGACAAAUGUCAGUUUAUAACUUUGCUUCAACAUUGUCUGCGAUAAGAUUUUCACAAAAAUACCCUCUGUCCAUUCCCAAAAGCUACAAUAGGAACUAUAGCAGAUUUUUUUAUAUAUUUUUAUUUUAUCAUUUCUUUUAAGAUAUUUUGUAAUUUGAUAAAUUACUUUAAGAAUGCUUUAAAUUUUAUCCCUUAUUUUUGAUACUUUAAAUUACACUUUCCUGCAACAUACUUUCAGUAUCUCCUCUCUACCGUAGUUUUAAGAGGUCGAGGUGGAGUCUACAAGGGGUUUUAAUCGAUCUUCUCACAUCACUUAAGAUUGACAGGAAUGCAGUUUGGGAUCCAGUGUUUCUGUUUGCUAUCAGGGAUUGUUCACUGUUUACCCUCCUACAACCACACCACACCUGUCUUAAAUUUGCACAAAUGCUUAUUCAAUAUUUAAUUCUGAUGAUGCUUCAAAGCAGGAGAUUGAAAACACAGGGGAGGGUUUUAUUUUCACGCAGUAUGGGAAUUAUCACACAUCUGUUUUUGAGCUUUACAAAAAAAAAAAAAAAACGGGUCUGCAAUGAUGAGAAAGCCUUGUAUCAUUGUGAAAUGUAAACUGGCAUAUUUACAGAGUGAACAAAUAAAUAGAAGUGUCAGGAUUAAACACUAACAAAAGGGAGUACCCACUUGCAGACUUAAAAAUUGAAAGUUUAUUUCACAAGACUGAACUUGAAUCAACUAAAAUUUGCUUUAAACUGAAAACAAAUAAAAAAAUGCAAAUCCAAAAAUCCAAAAGCACCAGAAGCAAAAAUCUGACAAAACAAAGAGGCACUGGAAAAAACAACAGGAAACAAGGUAGGGUUCACAUGGACAACAUACGCUAAGACAAAGAACAAUGAAGGGACAGGGACUAAAAACUCACACUGGGAAAUGACCAACAGGUAAGACAGACAAGACACAGGUGAGACUUGAGAAUAUUUAACAAAGGAGGGAAAACUGAGAAAGUAAAAACAAACUUCACACACAGGGAUUGACUACAGCAAAAUAAAGCUGGAAGUCAAGCUGAGCGACACACAAGGAUGAGGAACUACAAAAUAAACCAGGAAAUACUGAAAAAUAAACUACAUAAACAAACAGUGAAAAACAAAAGAACAACAGGAACAUAGAAAUAGUCAACACAGGGAAACAGGAACAACAGGGAACAGACACAAUAGAGGAAAUACAAAUGAAUUAAGAAACUAGAAAACUAAAUGAAUAAGAACACAUCAUGACACAGAAAAUGAUAUUAAGCAGCUUUUAUUACACACUGGAGAUAAAUGUCAUCAGUCCCGCCAACUACUAAGGGGGCAGCAAGUAAAAGUCCAGGUAAAAUUGGGGUAAAGAUUUGCAUUUCCUCAGCUUAAAAGUUGCAGGAUUUUUUUCAGGAGUUUAGUGCACGUGUUAAAACAGAUUUUAAAAAAAUGUUUGGCCAUUUUCUGGGAUAAGGUCAUGUGAGUGAAAUAAAUGGAGCUGAUAUUUCACAUGUAAGUUGACAAAGAAAUCUAUCAGUGGUAAGCAAAUGUAAAAGGAACUUUGGCAUAAAUAUUGCUCCUGAUUUUAGUGUGAAAUGUGCAUGAUUUUAUUCUUUUAAAGAUAAGAGAGGAGAACAGUGACAACAUACUGCUGCUUGUUUUUCAGAUGACGCUGUGUACCUGUUUGUGGUCAAUCACCCUCAGCACAAAAGCCAAGUAGAAAUCUUCCUUUUUAUUGAGGAGACCACACUUGUGCACCUGAAAACAAUCACCCACCCCCUUCUCCAUAGGUAAGUACAGUAUGAUUAAAACUUCACAGUGCCUUCACCCUCACAUACUGUUCGAAUCCUGUACCUUCACAGUAUGUUCCGGGUCAAAAUUGCCCCUUCAAAGAGUUCAAAGAGCAGCUUUCUGUCACAGAAAGUUCUCUUGACUAGUUAGGUCAUUUUGACCUCUGUCUAGGUGUGUCUGUGUGACUGUAUGUCUGUCUGUGUGCGUGCGUGUGUGUGUGUUUCUGUCAAGGUAAUGAUAGUUUCAUAAUGAUUUGAAUAUAUCUUUUUGAACAACAAACCUUAUAUUGAACACUGUUGUUACUGUUUGUCACUUGUCCCACACUGCUAGAUCUAAAAUCCAUCUAAAUAUACACUCACCGGCCACUUUAUUAGGUACACCAUGCUAGUAACGGGUUGGACCCCCUUUUGCCUUCAGAACUGCCUCAAUUCUUCGUGGCAUAGAUUCAACAAGGUGCUGGAAGCAUUCCUCAGCGAGCUUGGUCCAUAUUGACAUGAUGGCAUCACACAGUUGCCGCAGAUUUGUCGGCUGCACAUCCAUGAUGCGAAUCUCCCGUUCCACCACAUCCCAAAGAUGCUCUAUUGGAUUGAGAUCUGGUGACUGUGGAGGCCAUUUGAGUACAGUGAACUCAUUGUCAUGUUCAAGAAACCAGUCUGAGAUGAUUCCAGCUUUAUGACAUGGCGCAUUAUCCUGCUGAAAGUAGCCAUCAGAAGUUGGGUACAUUGUGGUCAUAAAGGGAUGGACAUGGUCAGCAACAAUACUCAGGUAGGCUGUUGCGUUGCAACGAUGCUCAAUUGGUACCAAGGGGCCCAAAGAGUGCCAAGAAAAUAUUCCCCACACCAUGACACCACCACCACCAGCCUGAACCGUUGAUACAAGGCAGGAUGGAUCCAUGCUUUCAUGUUGUUGACGCCAAAUUCUGACCCUACCAUCCGAAUGUCGCAGCAGAAAUCGAGACUCAUCAGACCAGGCAACGUUUUUCCAAUCUUCUAUUGUCCAAUUUCGAUGAGCUUGUGCAAAUUGUAGCCUCAGUUUCCUGUUCUUAGCUGAAAGGAGUGGCACCCGGCGUGGUCUUCUGCUGCUGUAGCCCAUCUGCCUCAAAGUUCGACGUACUGUGCGUUCAGAGAUGCUCUUCUGCCUACCUUGGUUGUAACGGGUGGUUAUUUGAGUCACUGUUGCCUUUCUAUCAGCUCGAACCAGUCUGGCCAUUCUCCUCUGACCUCUGGCAUCAACAAGGCAUUUCUGCCGACAGAACUGCCGCUCACUGGAUAUUUUUUCUUUUUCGGACCAUUCUCUGUAAACCCUAGAGAUGGUUGUGCGUGAAAAUCCCAGUAGAUCAGCAGUUUCUGAAAUACUCAGACCAGCCCUUCUGGCACCAACAACCAUGCCACGUUCAAAGUCACUCAAAUCACCUUUCUUCCUCAUACUGAUGCUCGGUUUGAACUGCAGGAGAUUGUCUUGACCAUGUCUACAUGCCUAAAUGCACUAAGUUGCCGCCAUGUGAUUGGCUGAUUAGAAAUUAAGUGUUAACGAGCAGUUGGACAGGUGUACCUAAUAAAGUGGCCGGUGAGUGUAGAUACGGGUCAAAUUUGACCCGUAACAGCCUUAGAGGGGAAAUAUUUGUAGCACAUAAACAAAAAUACACUUGAAUAUUUUUAAAUCAAUUUCAUGUAUUUUGGGUUAUUUCAGGAAAAGUCAUCAAGUUUCAGGCUUAAAAAAUGAUGUUUAGGGUAUUUUUACUGCUGUUAAAAGUCAAAACGGGUCAAAUUUAAAACUAUACAUGCUUCUUUUUUUUUUUUUUUACUUUUUUCUUUGCCUUUCAGUGUAAAUGACAUUGUUGCUGUCGGAGUGGAGAGCUUCUACGCCACAAAUGAUCACUCCUUUCCCAAUGAAGUCCUUCACUUUCUGACCCUGGUACUGGGUCUACCUUUGUGUGACGUGGUGUACUACAGUCCAAAGGAAGUCAGGGUGGCAGCCAACGGCUUCAUGUCUGCAAAUGGCAUCAACAUUUCCCCAGACAAACGGUGAAUCCUUCUUCAACUCAGUCAAACACAUGCAUUUUAAAAAUGAAUGUAUUUCCGGACAAUAAAUUCUCAGUGAAAUACUAAAACAGUAUUCCUAUUUACAGGUAUAUUUAUGUUUCUGAUAUCAUUGAUCAUGACAUAGAUGUUUUUGAAAGAAAAGAAGGGGAACAACUAGCAUUUAUAAAGGUAACACAGUGCUCUCUCUCACUUCUUGACUAAAAUGACCAACUGCUUCAAGCAUCACUUUUUCAAGGCUUUACCUCAAUUUAAUCUUUUUCACAACUUUCAUUCAUGUCUCACUUUGAUUACAUAUUCUCUUUCCAACCAGUCUGUAGCUGUGGGGUCACUCUGUGAUAACAUUGAGGUGGACCACAGGACAGGCGACCUGUGGCUUGGAUGUCACCCAAAUGCCAUGAAGUUUUCAAGCUUUAACCCUGAAGAUCCUCCUGGUUCAGAGGUCAGUUGAUUUGCUUUGUCCUUUUUUAAGUUGAUGUCUUAUGUGAACGUUGUAACUCAAAAUUGUUUGUUACUUUUAUCCGUGCUUCCUCCAGGUAAUCCUGGUCAAAAACAUCCACUCAGAGCAGCCUGUGGUGAGCCAGGAGUACGCUGAUGAUGGCAAAGUGAUCAUGGGCUCCAGUGUGGCUGCUCCUUUUGAGGGAAAGUUGUUGAUUGGCAGUGUUUUUCACAAAGCUCUGUACUGUAAUCUGAAAUAA